AUGGCUCCAAUUCUUGGGCGGAUCAUUAACCCAUUCCAAUCUGGUUUCCUGCAACAAAGGUUCAUCUGUGACAAUGGCCUAGCGUUAUCGAUGGUCUUGGAAGAGGCUCGGGCCUUCCAUCACAAGGGUGCUGGUAUCCUACUUGAUCAGGAAAAAGCCUAUGAUCGGGUGAAUGCUGACUAUCUGUGUGCUGUUCUUCGUCGUCUUGGGUUUCCCGCCAGCUGUGUGUCAUGUGUCAAAUCAUUGUUCUUUGGCAAUAGCAUGUACAUCAAUGUCAAUGGGUACUUCACCUCAGCCGUCAAGCAGGAACGGGGUAUCCGUCAAGGCGAUCCUCUGUCCCCUCUUCUUUUCGAUGUUGCACUGGAGCCUUUCUUAUUAUCCAUCCUGCAAGACACUUGUUUCCAUGGUUUUAAGGCAAGCAAUGGUGCAUCUGCGGAUAUGGUCUCUUCUCGUGACCCACCAGCUGUCAAAUGCCUUGCGUACGCUGAUGAUGUCUGUGUCCUUCUACGAGACGAACUUGAUCUGUAUCGCCUCCAACUACACAUGGCUAACUAUGCAGCCGUCUCCAAUGCCAAGUUCAAUGAAGACAAAUCAGAAGCCAUUCUCUCUGUCUGGCUGUCGCUCUUCGGCGUGGGUGCGAGCCUUUGA